CUAUUGGUCCAGACCCCACAAAUAACCAAGUGGUGUUGGUGAUUCUGGUCAGUUUACUGCCCCUCCUGGUACUAGCUGUGCUGGUCAUCGCCUCCUUCUACUGGUAUCGCAUGUACCGUCGCCGAAAACUGGAUGAGUGGGAGACCAAGAAGCCGUCCAAACGCAAGGGUCCCAAAGGCCCGCUGGACUGUAGCGACGCUUGCGCCAUCAUGAUGGACGACGACCGCUCCGACAGCAGCUCCACACACGCCAACAACCUCAACCACAACACAGAACCUCUGCCCAUCGAGCUGGACCUUCAGGUGGGCAAGGGCCGCUUCGCCGAGGUGUACAAAGCCAAGCUGAGACAAAGCCCUUCGGAGCAGUUCGAGACGGUGGCGGUGAAGAUCUUCCCCUACGAAGAGUACGCGUCCUGGAAGAACGAAAAGGACAUCUUCUCAGACAUCGAUCUGAAGCACGAGAACAUCCUGCACUUCCUGACGGCCGAGGAGAGGAAAGUGGAGAAGCAGUACUGGCUGAUCACGGCCUAUCAUCCACGCGGGAACCUGCAGGAGUACCUCACUCGACACCUCAUCAGCUGGGAGGACCUGCGGCUGCUCGGGGGCUCGCUGGCCCGGGGGGUGGCUCAUUUGCAUAGCGACCACACCCCUUGCGGGCGGCCCAAAGUGCCCAUCGUCCACCGAGAUCUGAAGAGCUCUAACAUCCUGGUGAAGAAUGACCUCACUUGUUGCCUCUGUGACUUUGGACUUGGCCUCCGCCUUGACAACUCUCUGUCAGUGGAUGACUUGGCCAACAGUGGACAGGUGGGUCAUGCGACAAUAUAUAUAAUCUUCAUAGGUGCAUUGUGUAUACAGACAACAGACAGCAUCAAUCAAAUGAUAUAAAAAUAGCUCAAUUGU